AUGGACUGUGGAAGUACCGGGACCGCUGCGGGGAUCGACCCCAAAAUCUUAGACAAUUGGCAAACUGAAGGCGCCUAUUCCGUGGCGUCGUGGGAACAGCUGGGCUACGAUCAACCGCCCGAGUGGGACACCAGCCAGGAAUCAAGCCAGUGCGAUGCUGACAUCGCCGACUUGGGGACCUUCCAGGGUCCAUUGAACGAAUACCGUCGUUUGGAGAGGAAGCAUCAUGUAGCUCCCGAUAACCUGAACUAUGUCGAUGGUGUCGUCGAAGGUACUGGGAGCGGCACGAUCAGCCCCAAGACCAUCCCAUCCUCCGCCGACGACAACUUCCACUCCGACGAGGCGUGGCCGCACUUCCAGCUGUACAACUCGGGGGGCAUGCCCAUGGAUGCCUCGCUGCUUUACCCUUACGCGAAAGGAUCGAACCACUCGACCGGCGCCGUGAUCGUUGAUGAUGUUGGAGAGAUGCCGCAUGGCGGCUUCUCGGAUGCCCCGGCAGAGGGCAUCUUGUCGUUCCAGCAGAUUCCUCAGUCUUUCCCGAUGAUCCCUGAGCAAUGGGCCGAACUACAACAUGGCUUACCCACAGAGAACAUGCCUCCACCAGACGCGAUACCGAUCUCCAACAAGACACAGGACUCCUCCAAGAAUAAUUCGCUGCACCAGUUCCAGAACUCGAUUCGAUCCCUCGAAUCGCGUUGGCUCAACAGUCUCGAGUCCCAACUUCCCAUCCCGCAAAUCACCUCGCAGACCGUUGGGAGGAACGCGCCGAUGGGACAGGAGUUCCAGUUCAAGUCGGAGAACUCUUCGGUUUCGGGCGAUAUGUCCGGUAUAUACGAGUGCUCGUACUCUGCCACGAGCGACGACGCCCCGGCGUUCGCGGAUCGCCAGUUAUCUGACGAUGACACCCAGUGGAAGAUGUCUCCCCACGAGCCUAGCUCGCGCGAAGGGUCGCAGCCUGCGCCCAAGACUACCGCAUUCAUGGUGAGUGAGGUUCCUGAGACGAUGGCGGCUGCUGGAUCCAGAUCGAGGGCUUCCUCGACGGCUGGUCGGGGCGGCCGCCCGGCAGCGCUCGCCAUGCAGUCCACGGCCACGGUUAGGAAGCGCAAGACCAGAAACCCUGGUUCUUCGGUCGACCACGGUGUGAGACCACUGCAAAUUGUCCAGGAAGAUGGACAAGGUGGCUCCAUCGCAUCCGCAGACUUCGUCUCGCCUCCUCGGGGUGCCCGUCGAAAGGGCCCCCUGAGUAUGGUUGGGCGAGCCAAUGCAGGUCUGCGCCGAAAGAACAAGGAUACUUGUGUUCAGUGUAGGCUUAACAAGCGCAAGUGUGACGGAAGCUCUCCGUGUGACGCUUGUCGCCCGACACUUCACGAGCAACCAUGUGCCCGUGCAUGCUUCUCCAGCAUUGUUGAGUUUGGUACCUGCAACUAUAUCUCUCAACGCGCUGUUAACCAUCCCACGAUGGACGGUACCAACCGAGUUCGUAUGGAGAUUCCAUCCGAAUUUGACCUCAGCCAACUGUUGUCAUUGCUCUCCGAGCGCCAGGGGCGGUUCAACAUCCGCGCCAGUCAGGCCUGGGGCUCUCUUUACGUUCUUGAUUUGGGAGAGACCUACAAGUUCCUCAAGAACCUCAGUGACUACAACGGCAACUCUAAGUCAACAUUCAUAGAAUUCAUUGAUCGUCGAAUCGUCGACUCAAAGGACAAGUCUAAGAACUGGCUUUCCUGUCUUGCCGAUUGUGACCCAAUGAACCAAGCCUACACUCUCCUCUCACAGUGGAACAACAUGCCCAGUCGAGCCAAGUACAGCUUUGUCAGCCUAGACGACACCCCGGACCGAACAAUGGACAUCAACAAUCCUUCGGACCGUCGAGAAAUCCUUCUCGCAGCCCAACUCUCCCGAAUCUUCUGCCGCAUGCUCGAAGUCGAAGGCUUCCGCAAACUCGAGCGCGACUUCUACAACAUCAAGUGGAAGCAGAUCUCCCACGACACCCACCUCCGCUUCCUGAACGAACUCGGUCACAUCCUGCUUACGCUCCGCUGGCGCGUAAGCUGGUGGAAGCGUCUCGGCGACGGUGGCCAAUCCCCCGACCCGUCACAGCAGCACUACAUCGACCGUGUGGAGUUGCUCUGUCGCAUUCUGUACGUCUACUAUACCUGUGUACUGGCAAAACUCCCCUCUUGGAGUGCUGCGGACGUGCCAAAGGGUAAAUGGAGUACAUAUGCGGACGCGGAGACCGUGUGGGAUGAUUUCCCAUCCGAUUCCAGCGACGGAGGUUUCCAAGGGUGGAUGGACAGGGGACAAGAGCUCAUUGAGGCAGGAGGUGUUCCUGGGCGAGUUUCGAAGUUCUAG